AUGGGCAGGAUUAUUUUCUAUGAGGAAAGGAACUUCCAGGGUCGCUCCUAUGAGUGCAACAGUGACUGCUCUGACAUCCACAUGCACCUGAACCGCUGCAACUCCUGCAGGGUGGACAACGGGUGCUUUGUGGUGUACGACCGCCCCAACUUCAUGGGCAACCAGGUCUUCUUGAGGAGAGGGGAGUACUCGGAUUUCCAGCGCAUGGGGAGCAUGAUGGGCAUGAUGGGUAUGGCGAUGAUGGACACCAUUCGUUCCUGUCGCAUGAUCCCAAUGCACAGGGGACAGUUCAGGAUGAGGAUUUACGAGAGGGAGAACUUCGGAGGCCAGAUGCAUGAGCUGAUGGACGACUGUGAGUCUCUCCAGGAUCGCUAUUACAUGUCUGACUGCCAGUCCUGCAACGUGAUGGACGGCCACUGGCUGAUGUUCGAGCAGCCCAGCUACAGAGGCCGCAUGAUGUACGUGAGGCCAGGAGAGUACAGGAACCUCCGGGAGAUGGGGAUGAGCAACAUCAUGAGAAUCAGCUCCAUCAGACGCAUCAUGGACAUGUGCUGA